UUUGCAGCUGAGGCUCUGAAAUACUGGAGGACACUGCAUCUUCCUCAGGGACACGGACAAGGGGGAGCUGGAGCCUCUGGGGAGCUCAGAAAGGAAUUGCGGUUGGUGGUCGCCUGAGGAACUUACCUUCACACCAAUGUUGCUCUGAAACGAGUUGUGUCCAACAUUCAGGCUUGGUAAGAUGCCUCAGGAACAGUACGCGCACCGGAGCACCAUGCAGACCUCGGAAGGACCCCAGGUAUACAAAGUGGGGAUUUAUGGCUGGAGGAAGAGAUGCCUCUAUUUCUUUGUGCUGCUCCUAAUGAUUUUAAUCCUGGUGAACCUUGCUAUGACCAUCUGGAUUCUGAAGGUUAUGAACUUCACAAUUGAUGGAAUGGGGAACCUGAGAAUCACGGAAAAAGGACUAAAGCUUGAAGGAGAUUCAGAAUUCUUGAAACCUCUCUACGCCAAAGAAAUCCGGUCAAGACCAGGCAACCCACUAUACUUCCAGUCUGCCAGAAAUGUGACAGUGAACAUCCUCAAUGAGAAGACUAAAGUCCUUACUCGCCUUGUAACAGGUCCCCAAGCAGUGGAAGCACACAGCCAAAAAUUUGAGGUGAAAACCCUCGCUGGAAAAUUGCUGUUUUCUGCAGAUGACAACGAAGUGGUGGUUGGAGCAGAGAGAUUGAGAGUUUUAGGAGCAGAAGGCACAGUGUUCCCUAAAUCUAUAGAAACUCCCAAUGUCAGGGCAGACCCCUUCAAGGAACUAAGGCUGGAGUCGCCUACGCGCGCGCUGGUGAUGGAGGCUCCAAAAGGCAUUGAGAUCAACGCCGAGGCCGGCAGCUUGAAAGCCACGUGCAGGACAGAGCUCAAGCUGGAAUCCAAAGACGGAGAGAUAACGUUGAAUUCUGCAAAAAUCAAACUACCUAACUUGCCUCAAGGAUCUUCCUCUUCUGCAGGGUCCAGGCAAAAAAUCUACGAGCUCUGUGUGUGUCCCAACGGGAGGUUGUUUCUGUCUCAGGCAGGCACUAGCUCAACCUGCCAGAUAAAUACAAGCAUCUGCCUUUGAGAGACAAUUUGCAGUGGGGCAUCACAGGCAGCACAAAAGCCAGUUCUGGUCUCACAGAUUGCAGCUGCCAACUAUUUUUACUAGAACACAGAAAGCCUAUCAAAGACUUUUUUUGUGUGUGCGCGCGCGUGUGUGUGAAUAUAUAUAUAUAAAAAAAUAUAUAUAUAAAAUAUAUAUAUAUCCUCUGUGUAAAAUGAUGUUUCAGUACAAGGAAUCCCAGGGUGACCCUGUUACAUUUGUGUAGCAUUUCUCUUUCCCACACCAAAAUUGACUGGUACAAUCUGCUGAAUUGGACUUGAUGCUCCCCUGGACCCUUCCAUAUUAAUACAGUCUAAUGAUCACCCCUCGUUUUUGAUCAUGUUCUCAGACCAAUGGGAUUGCUGGCUGGGCAAGACCCUGGAACCAACAUACAAAGGGAGGGGAAGCAUCUCUGAUGAUUUUUGCACCAUUAAAUCAGUGGCAUGGAAAAAAAAAAACAAAGCACACCACAAAAUAGCCAGAUGAGCUGUACUGAUCCCCUAGAUUGAGCCAAGAUACCUAAGAUUAAAUUACGCUCUUUAAUUUUCACCUGAAGCAUGGCUCCCUGUUGGGAGGCAAGGAUUGCACUUGGCCAAUAGAAAAGUCCAGAUCUUGCUGGAAUAAUCAUGUAUUUUUCUGAAGGGGUGUCAGACUUGGCUGUAUGUGGCCAAGGAUGCCUUGUGCUAUUCAGAUGUCAUUCAUCAUCUCUAACCCUAACCUAAAGUCAUCUCCGUGCUAACGAAACUGGUGUUGCAUUCAGUUCUUGGAAGGAAAAAAACUCUGAACGUUGGACUUAAUAGAAAAAUCCUGAACCUCCUUAGUUAACAGGUGUCCUGGACCACCCUACACAGUCUCCACUGGCACCUUUAAUUUUGAAAAUAUUUGAGAUAUCAUGUGAAGGUUUGAAGAUUUAAGAUUUGGAUAUUACCUACCAAUACCUAUAGAACCAGAGAAAAUUACUUGUUCUACCCAUAGAUACAGAGAAAUUCAUACAAAUUAGAUGUGUAUUGUGAAUGCCAUGCCAGAAUUUUUGUCAUCUUUUUUUUCAGGGUAUACGGUCCAAGGUCACUUAGAUUUGGUGGAGACUGCAAAUAUCAGAGAUGCUGGCAAUGAAACACACUUUUUUUUAAGGAUUUUUUAAAGACUGUGACAAAGCCAGAUUACUGGAAAGCAAGGGCUUUGGGUGCUGCUUCCUCUAGGAUUUGAGCCCCCAAAACUCUGUGGUUGAAUCUCUCCCUGGGUGCAUUUUUGUUUAUUUAAGUCCAGGAGUCACUUACGGGCAGGACAAAACAUGAAAUCUGAUCUGGUAAUAUUACUUCCACAGUUCGAGUUUUGAAAAAUAAAGAGAAGAGCCCAGAUCACUGAAUUCUGACCCAUAAUUGCAUCCACAUGCAUGUAAAAAUCCUUGAAAAACAACUGUACUAAUUACUGCAAAAGCGUCCAAGCCGCAGUAGAUCUCACGAGGACAGCAAGGUUUCCAAGCUACUGAGAUGCUUUGAAAAUAUUACCUCAUGUGCGAAUAUGACAGAUCUAUGCCCAUCCCUAGUGAUAUAUAAGCAAAGCUGGUAUUCGUCAAGAGAUCUUCAAGAAAAACGUAGCUGACAGAAUUAUUUAGAAAUAAUUUACCCCAUUCCUUUUUACAGAUUUUCACGUAUUUUCUUGUGGUCUGGAGAGUACCAGGGUUUGAAUUUUUAUUUUUUUUUUAAUGAACAGUUCUGGCUUAAUCCAAAACUGGCUGGACUCGAAAGAUUUCUAUGAAGUUUAGAUUAGAUAUGUUCCUGCUUAACAAAGCAACACUCCCAUAAAAUUUAUUCCUGAAAGAGGACUGAAUGAUCUGCUUUUAUUUCAGUAAUGUUUUCCGAUUAAUUAAUGAAUUCAAACUAUUUGUUAAUGAAUGAUUCCUCUAAUUGUUAUGUCUUGAGUCAAUGUUUGAAUGCAAAGGGUCACCCAGGAUAACAAUUGUAUUGGGACACAGGACUAUACCAUCUCUGUUCAAAGAGGGGAAUUGUGCCUAUGCCUUAAGUCAAUGCACUCAGCAAGGAGAAGCACAUCAUAUUUAUCAUGUUAUUAAAACUAGUUUAUUUGGGGGGAGGGACAGGAGGUUGUCUUGGGAACUGGUCGUGCAACUUAAAACAGAUAUUAAUGAAAUGCAUUAAGACUGUAGGGGCACCUAGAGUGAUACAGACUUUUUUUUUUACCAUGUUAAAUAUAGCAAAAUACUGUGUGCGUUACCUCUGGGACCACAGCUGAAGUCCCAUUCAUAAUCCUACUUUUACUGUAGAGUUUUUUUCCCUGUUUCAUUUAAUACUGAUCACAAACAUUAGAGCAAGCAUGGCCCAAUUCAUAAACAAAUCCCGUGCGAGCAGUUGUGAAGACAUGUGCUGCAGGAAGUGUACCCUGUACAGAAAACAAGUUGUAUUAACCUCCCCAUCCCUGAGAGGGAUGAUGAGAAAGUCCAGGCUGGACACAGGGACUGACCCAGCAGGGAUGCUCUGUCCUGAUUCCCAUGCUCCGCUCCCAAGAGGCUGGUGGCUCAGUCCUCAUCCCCACACACCCUCUGGGUGCUCUGCUGAGGAUUUCCCUCCCAGUAAAUUAAUUUUGAGUGGCUAGUCUUGCAUGGUGCUGGGCUCUUGGAUGAGGUUGUCGCCUUCUCAUUCAGCCAUUUAUUUUGGUAUGAGUUUCUGCGGGGGAGCUGGUAGGGAUCAACCUUACACAUCACUGCAGAUGCUUCUCUGAGGUGGACAAAGGGUACCUCGAUUACGUCUACAUAAAGGAAUUCUUGUUGCUUCAAUGUUUUUUACAAUCAAGUUUCCAUCUUAAAAAGCAUAAAAUGAGAUGCUGUGAUGAAAGAUGAGAAAUUGUCACUAGAGAGAUUGACCCUGUAUGGCAGCUUGUAAAUCAUUUGAGCCCCACCUGAAUUUUAAGAUAGCUGUUUAGAUGAUGCUGCCUGUGCUUGUGUUGGCCACACAAUGAGUCCCCUCCUGUUCAGUGAGUGGCAAACCAGAGCAAACAAGACUGUGUAUCUGAGAUCCCAGGGGAAAACCAGGCGUUUCGUUUAAAAGGCAGCAUGCAAGGCCAUCCAGCUAGCUCAUGCUUCAUUGUGUGGUGUUGGGUGCUGUGUGGAGUGACUGACUCACCUGUUGGAUGAGGCAAAUGCAUGAGAGUCCUUUUUCCUCCUGCCUUGCCCUCACAGAAAUCCCUCACAGUUGCUGUACCUGUAUGGGUUGGUUUUCCCUCAAUCCAUUUAAACUAGAGCCUCCCUGGCUGGAAUUUCAUCCAUAUGCUCUACCUGCCAUUGAUAAAUUGCCAAAAACAAACAAGGGCUUCUGUAUUUCUUUAUGAAUCGGGCCUGCAAUUCAGUUCAGUUGAGCAUUUGCUCUUUGGGGAGGUGAUGUUUAUCUCAAAGCGGAGUUUAGUUUUACCUCCCAACACUAAGGCGAGGCUGGGGUGGGUGGUGAAUUUGUUUCUGCUGAGCUCAAUGGAAGAGAUGCCAACAACUUCACGACCAGAGCUAGGACAGAAGCUGGACAGGUGAAAAUUCAGGGCACUGACUGCAGUGGAAACACUGCCAGCCCUUGGGGUGGCUGUGGGACCAAACCCUGAUUCAUCACUGGGUGCAACUCUGCUCUGCAGCUGUGAGCAUUAAAACCCCAUUGAAAUGCUAAUCAAGGAACUGUGAAAACUGAAGUCCAUAUACCUUAGGCAACCGUGAGUACUGCAGUUAAAGAUAAAUUCGUUUAUGUAUUGUAACUCUUAACUUUAUAGGGCUUCGGGACCUUGUGAAAUUUGCUUUAGAUGCGACACUUUAGUAAGCAGUCAGGAAGAUGACUGUCAGUGCUCACCUGUACACCAGUACUUUAUCCAUAUGUAGUGUAUGGCUCUUCUGCUGUCACAGGUGUUAGGAUGGUUUUUCUAAAGGAAAAAGACUUUGCCAUUAACAAAAGCAGAGGUCAUACACUGAUUAUACAGCUGUAUCCAUUCUCCCAGUUUCUUUGUGGGUUUUUUUUUUGGUUUGGUUUGGUUGUUUGGUUGUUUGGAGUUUUUUGUGCACUUUUUGAAGUAUAUUACCCAGUAGUCAGUGAAAUGGGUAGCUUGAGAGUACAAAGAAAUGUUAACACUACGGGAAGUCAUCAAAAGGGGAAGACAAUAACUACUAAAAUAUGUAUAAGGCCCCUCAAGGUAUACAUUUUUUAAAAAACAAGCAUGCAUAGAAUGAUUUAUAUCUGUUUCUCUCAGUCAUGUGCUGUCAAACAGCUGUAUUUUGAGAGGGGUUUCUUUUCCUCCUUUUAUCAGAAUAUCACAUAUAUGCACAAACAAUGAAGUUUAAGGCAUAAAUUUAAAAAUAUCAUCUGCCAUAUACAGUAUAGCAAAAUUAUGUCUAAAUAAAAAACCCCUCCAUAGAAAUUUCUCCAAGCUUAAAGAGAGAUUCCUGUGGAGCUUGUGAAGAUGUCAGGUUAGUUCACAUCAUACGACUCUGCAAAUACAGAUGUUCUUAAAGGAAAUUAGCUUUUGUCAUCAUAAGAUGCGCGCUCACAUACACAAAUACAUACAUGUAUAUAUAUAUAUACACACUCACAUACACUUGUUUACAGCAAAAGCCAAUUUUCUUUUUAUUUGUUGCUAUGGCUUUAAAUUUCACAUUGCAAAAGACAGUGAGAAAAAGACCAAAGACUUACAGAAAUUCAUCCCUCCUCUGGUUGCCCUCACACCUGAAAUGCAUUAACUUUAAUGGUGCUUUUUCAAACUGGGCAGGAAAAAUACAGGUUUAUCCCCAAGCUGCAUUUGAUACAGUAAAGUGGCAGGAAAAUUCUAACUUCAUUAAAGGGGAGAAAAGGAAAUAAUGUGAAAAAUCUUUAAAUGUGUGCAGAGAGCAAGGUUACCUGAAAUUUGAAAUGUGAAGAAAUAACCCAGAGCACUAAAAGAUGUCAUCCUGGGCUGAAAGUAUAAAUAAACUAAGUAAAUGCUACUGGCUGUUCGCUUACCUGCACUCGAGCAUUGGCAGAUCAGGAACUCCAGUAGCUGCUCAGUGACGAAGAGUAUCUGUGCUGUAAUGAUUUUUUUUAAAAGUGCAUACAGUAAAACAAAAAAGUUAGAGGUUGUGUUCUUUUUUAUUUAUUUUUGUUAUGGCUGACAUUUUAAAUUUUGAGAUUUCAUCAUCCAGAAUUCACCCAGCAAAUGCAGGGCACAUUCUUGCGAAGCUUUGCCAAGCACUGGAUUGGUGGUUUUUGACUGCAAAAAUACUUAUUUUUAUUGCCAUUGCUGUUGAGGAACACAACCCCGGCAGCAAUUCCAUUUUCCCCAUUUUAACUUUUUUCCUCAGUUCUGAAACUGCUGGGUAAUACUUGGGUAGCCAGUGUCCUGCCACACAUGGGGCUGCGGGCAGGUGGCCAGCGGCCCCCAAACCCCCAUCAUGUCCCUUCUCCAUCUUGCAUACCCCCAAAAACCAAAACCUGCAUGUAGCAGAGGUACUAAGAUGAAAUUUGGGACUUCUAGGGAAAUUCUGCGCUGCAAUUGCGGUGUUUUCACAGCUGAUGUAGCUGAGUUUACGGCUGUGAGUGGAGCAGGGUUAAACACUGACGUGCCGCUGAUAAGAUUAUUCAAUCAAGUGUGGAGUGAAUUAAACAAGGCAGGUAGGAGGGAGAGGGAAGAAAUGGCAAGAGACAUCACCCUAAUCACAGUAAUGCAGCAAACUUCUCUGUUUACACUGUUAUAUUUUAGAUUAAUAACAUCCAUUUUACUAAAUAUGGUAGCAAUUAUGCAUAAUCUUUCAUGGUGCACGGUGGAAUUACUGUCACUGAAACCACUUACAGCUUGGGAUUGUUCAAGAUUGCUAGGGUGUUGUUUCCGUCCACAAAAACCACAGUGGCUUAGAUGGAAAUUACAGUGAAUAGCUUGUAUUUAGAUACUUUUAAGACUGCUAUGGUUGAGAAGCCCACGGCUAUGCACAUACAGCCCUGAGGCUUUCUCAUUUCAGACUCUUGUCCCGCCAUUUGAGCUGUAUUGUGCCGUUGUGAAAAGCAGCACACUUUCUUUAUACAGGAAAAGAUGGAUAUUUAAAGCUGCAGGAUUUUUAUCUGAAGCAAAGACAAAAAUAUAAUGAUAGUGCACCACUGAGAUCUGCCAUCCAAGUCACUUUAAACUAGAGGUGUGAGUCCCUUAAAAAUUAAUUUGCUACAAGUGUAAUUCCUGCAGGAAAGUUAGCACCAGGGUCACUCCCAGGAAAUGUCUCACCUUAUUACAGCCCAAAGCCACACGGUGGCUGGGAUUUUCCACCACCAGCUGGUACCAAUGGGCUGCCUGUUCAGAGGAAGCCAGAUUUCCUUUGAGGCAACUCAUUUCCAUGGAUUGAGUUCUUGUUAGUUUUUCACCAGUAUUAAAAAAUAGGAAGGAUGUGUCCACUGUGAAGCAAUAUGUAACUGUAUGUUUGUCUCGCAUUUAGUUGGCUUAUUCUUUCUGCCAGCAAAAGAAAAUAUCAGAAGGAGGAAUUCGUGCAGGUAUUACAUUUACGUUGUGCCCCACUACCAAAUGCUUUAGGUAAAAACAUGCAGCCUUAGUUAAACAGUCUUUUCUUCUAAGAUUAAAAAGGACUCUUUGGAGCCUUUCAUCAGGUCCUACCCAAAUGGAAAGUCUCACCAUCUCUAACAUAUUUGCCAUUAUAGGAAUAGGCCCACUGCAAAGCAUAGGUCAUGUGCAUCUUUGCAUGUAACAGGAAUUUUAAAUUGCAUUGUACUCUCACAUUUUUGCCUCAUUCAGAAGGCUUAACUACUGAUAGGAGAUAAAGCGUUCUGAAGCCUGCUACUGCUAAAUGCAUUAUCACUUUCUAAAGCAAUGCCGUUUCUUUGGUCUUUUAAAAAUUUCCUCAUAACAGAGUCCUUGAAACAUCUUGAGGCAGGCUCACGCUGGAGAGCAAAAGAAUAAUUAUUUGUGGGAGGUUCUAUUUUUAUCGAAGGCUGGAUUGUAGAUGAAAAAAUGUUGCUGUUAGAGUUUCUCCCACACUUACUUAGCUGCAAACACCAUUACCCCCCCCAACACUACAGCUAGAUUUCUCUAGGGUGGCUGCCUGUGGAGCAAGGAGUUAGUGCCUGCGCUAAGCCAGAGCCUGAUAAUUUUGUCUUCAUCUGGGUCCUCCUCUGGGCUUGUGCACUCAGUAUCGGUGCUAUUAUUGAUGUAGUGGAUAAUGAAUGAAACACUUUGGCAGUAUUAAUGAUUUUACAGAUGACAUGUGUCUGCAGUCUAAGUGGUAUAAAUAACACUGGUGGUUGCUGUUCUGACAAACCUUGGACCACCUUGAAGGCAUCAGCAGUAAUUCCAGAAGGUGCAGCUGAGCAGCUCUUAAAGCCACUGCUGCUUUGUCCUGGUAACACCUGUACAGGAUCCAAGGGGGUGCUGUGGGGAUGGUACCCCAGAAUGCUGCCUCCCCUUGGGACGCCUGUGAGGUGGAGAGGCUGGUGGGUGGCUUUGCACUCUUAUUUAUCUCCACCCCACUGCCAGGUCCUCUGCACUAGAAAUAGCAGCAAGGCAGGACGCCUGCCUUGGGAGUCUGGGCUGGAGCAGUGCAACAGGGCCAUUCACAGCACCACAGCACAGGGGUUCAACUCUGUAGCUGGUGUAGAUCUGGAUUUGGCUCCAUUUAACUCACCAGUAGCCUACAUGACCUGAGAGUUUGGCCCUAAAGGUUUAACAGCUUUCAUGAAAUCAAUAGGAAGAGUUUGGCUGCCCUGUCUAAACCACAGCCUGGGUGCUCCUGGGGGCAGGCUGGGACACGGACCCCUCACACCUCUGGGGUUUCCCUGUCAAGUAGGUGCAGGUAAAGAGCUCAAGCCGCUGCCUGGAAGCGGAGGCAUGUCCAUCCAGCUUGGCUUUUUGUCACCACCACAAACCAUGCUGGAGUUCAGCUGGGGGUUUGGCAGGUAAUGUGUGAAGCAGGUCUCGCCGGGCAGGCACCGGGGGUCUGCCGGUCCCGCUGGUGGCAGGGCAGGGCUGCGCUGUUUGCAGAGUGGCUUGCAUGGGGAAGGUGCUGCUAGAGGGAUUCACUUUCUUGUCCCCCCCGUUUGUGGGUUAGCAGAGAGCACAGAAGUUAAGAUGAACAGAUGUUGCCCUUGCUUAGCAUAGUAAGAGCAUGCCAGAUACCUCAUAAAGAGCAGAUCUGAGCAAUUAUAUACUAUGUUUAUUGAAGAAGGGCUCAGUUGACAGCAUUCGCACCUGGAUUUCUCCCUAGAUCCGAGCUUUUCCUGAGCUGCGACCCAGAUCUCAGUCUGGAGCUGCACUGUGCAGUAGUUUGGGAGCAGGCAAGGGACUGGCCUGCUGGGUCUGACUCAGAUCCCUUUGGCUUUUGGGUUUGGGUUUUUUUGCCCACCUAUUAUUUGAAUUGGUUUCCUUGUGCACAAACGCCAUUAGGGUUGUCGAUAUUAACACAACAAAUGCUCCGUGUAGGUAGACCCAACAGCAAAACAACAUCCGGUGCAAGUCAAAGCAAAACCCCAUUCAUCUACGGCAGCAGCAUAACAGGCAUAAUCCAUAUGCUUAUGCUAUGGCCGUUUUCAUCUGUGAUGGUAAAAUACCUUGUCUGACCUCUACUCUGAUAAUCACCAAUGACCUUGAUUGUGUAAACAGGACAAAAUUAAUUUGAAGUCUUAUCACAGUUCUCAUUAAGAAAUACAGAUUUGUUUUGGCUUUUUUUCUUUUUAAUUUAUGUAUGUGUGUGGUUGUGUGGGAAAAUAUAAAGCUUUUUUUGUAUCAAAUAACAUCAAUCCUUGCACACUCUAUGCAAAAUUUUGUAAGCAUUGCAAUAAUGCUAUGAAUUACACAAGGAACUAUUUUAACUUUAUUACACUUUCUGUAUAAAAAAAUUUGUAUUUAAAUGAUUUCAACUGCAAUCUUGUAAAAUAUAUUAAUAAAAUAAUGAUUGUUAAGAAGGAAA